GUUCUUCCAACGAUGAAGGUAAUGGGAAAGAGUUUCAGUGUCUCUCUCUGUCGUUGAACUUGAAAUGUUGAGAUGAAUUACGCACGAGACUAUCGAGAGUUAUGUAAACACUAAUUUGACGAGACAGUUACAGGAGUUAGAGUAACUGACUGAAUGUACCCAAAAAGUCACCUCCUUCAUUGUGAGAUGAAAGGCUACUACCUCCCAGUGGCUACACUGAGCACACGUGAAAAUAGUGAAUGUCUUAAAAAAUGGAAGGAAACUUGUUGAUCAGUCGUAAAAGCUCACCUGUUCACUCCAGCGUCGCGCUGGACCAACCGAGGCAAGUGACUCCCGCUGAUUUUUGGUGGACUCAUCUGUGGAACUCACUGUUGUUUUAAAUCCUGAUCGUGGAAUUAUUGUAAUGCAAAUCCACGGAUCACGCUACUCGUUUUAGAGAAAAGUUGAACGGAUAUCAUGCAAUAAGCGACAUCGCAAUUUAAUCGAGCUUGUCGCGCAUUGAAUGCGCGAUUUCCUUGUGGAUGUUUUCAAUCCUUGUGAUGGCCGAAAAAUUGAGUUUCAACCUGCUGGUAAACUGAUCACUGCUCAUCGUUCUUCUUUCGUUACGAAUUCCCACAGUUGGAACACUACUGAGCCUGCGCAGGAUGUCUCCCCCUCCUGUGGUUCUUGAAUCUAUUUUUAACUCUCGAGUUUUAACGGGAUUCACAUAACGCAUCCGAGUGACUGCUGUGACGCAUGAAAAAAAAAGAUAAAGAUGAAGCCGACUGAGAUGUCAGAAAUGUAAUUUACCAUCUCUUGACUGAAUGGUGUAUGUAGUAAGGCUGUGUUGAGUGUAACGGAGGAAAUGAGACACUGAACGUCUAACCAUUCCUUCAAAUUUUCAGACCGCAGGAAAUUUUCGACAAUAUGCUUGAGAAGAAGAUAGACAUAUGCUUCAUCGGAGGCAUAAUCAUGGAUAUGACGAGUUACAUGGACGCAUUUCCAAAGCCGGGAGAAACGAAAGUCGGCCACCGGUUUGAAGCCGGCUAUGGAGGGAAAGCAGCGAACCAAGCAGCUUUAGCGGCAAAACUUGGAGCUAAAUGCGCUAUGGUUGCUCGAGUUGGCGAUGAUGCAAAUGGACGUUCUUACAUUGAUCACUUUCGAUCGCUUGGAAUCAAUGUGAACAAUAUUCGGACGUCGGAUAAAAGUUCAACUGGUGCUGCCAACAUUUGGGUUGAUGACAGUGGGAUGAACUGCAUUUGUGUCAUUUUGGGCGCAAAUCUUGACAUGACGAAGCAAGACAUCUUGGAUGCUGAGGAUACGAUAGCAGCGUCUGCAGCUGUUGUUAUUGGCCUUGAAUUAGACAUUGAUAUUGCCCACUUCGCAAUUCAAAUUGCUGGCAAGCACAAAGUUCAAUGUCUUUUGAAUGCUGCCCCCAUGCCAAAAGACAUGCAUGAAGACUUUUUCUGCAUCCCUGACGUUUUUAAUGUGAAUGAAAGCGAGGCUUCAAUUGCAACUGGCAUCGCUGUUACGGAUGCUGAAAGUGCAAAGUUGGCUGCUCGUCAUUUGGUGGAGAAGAAGCAUUGCAAAACUGUCAUUAUCACUCUUGGAGAGAAUGGUGCUGUUUUUGGGUCAAACGAUGGAGCUCAAUUCGUACAUGUUCCUACGGACCCCGUGAAAGCUGUAGACACAACGGGUGCUGGAGAUGCUUUUUGUGGCGCACUUGCGUUUUUCUGGGCGAAAUAUCCUGAUUUGCCGGUGGAAACCAUUGUGAAGAAAUGCUGCGACGUUGCAACAAUGAGCGUCUUGAAGCCUGGAACACAAGCAUCGUUCCCAAGCCGUGAAGAACUCCCUGAAGGCUUCAUCCCAGCUUAGAGAGCUCAGGCUAUCAAGAGGAAGGUCAGAAUCAUAUGUGGGUGCUAUUUUUCUAUUGAUUUCGCGAAGGGCUUUUUGGCAUAGUUGUAAACGCAUUCCGGUCAUGGGAUUAGCUUUCGUUUGGGAAUUUCGAGACUGUGAGUGAGGCAAACAUAAACGGCAAAAUUGCAAAAUCACAAAA